CAACCGCCAAAAGCCGAAGCCCUUCGAUUUUGAUCCCGUCCCGUCCGCACCAACAACGUGCCGCGGCCUGACGCGGCAGAUGAUUUUUGAGCCAACAAACCACGCUAGGACCCGGGCAAAACCAGCUAAUCAGCCACACUGACAGGAGGCUUCCUACCCCCCCUUAAUCCAGCUGACCAGCUACCCAGCUGGGACAGAGUCCCCGACGACUUUCCCCUCCCAUUCUCCGGUUCUCCCUCCUCCCUGCUCGAUCGAUUCCUUCCUCGCCAGGUCCAAGCUCCAACCGCAUCUGUUCCCGCGGGAUCGAUUCGCCGUGAACUCGAGCACGCGAGCCGGGACACCGCCGGGAUGAAGUCUAUGGGCAGCCGCGACAAGCUCUCGGCGGUGUCCGCGGCGUCGGGCCACCGCCGCGCGCUCUUCGCCGUCUUCGCCUUCUGCUUCGCCUUCGCCACCUUCCUCACCUUCCUCUACACCACCUCCCACUUCACCUCCGCGGCCGCCGCCGCGGGGGGCAGCGACGCCAGCUUAGCACUAGCAGCAGGGUCCGGCUCCGGGUCCGACAACAAGCUGCCGCUCCCGGUGUUCGACGCCCUGGUCCACUACGCCUCCAUCUCCAACGCGACGCACCGCAUGCCCGACACGGACAUCCGCGCCAUCGCCGCGGUGGUCCGCGCGCGGGCGCCCUGCAACCUCCUGGUCUUCGGCCUGGGCGCCGAGUCCCCACUGUGGCUGGCGCUCAACCACGGCGGGCGCACGGUGUUCCUGGAGGAGAACGAGUUCUACGUCAAGUACCUGGAGCCCAAGCACCCGGGGCUGGAAGCCUACGACGUGUCCUACACCACCAAGGUGCGCGACUUCCGGGACCUGCUGUCGGCGGCGCGGGCGUCCCGGGCAAAGGAGUGCCGCCCCGUCCAGAACCUCCUCUUCUCCGAGUGCCGCCUCGCCAUCAACGACCUGCCCAACGACCUCUACGACGUGGCAUGGGACAUGGUGCUCAUCGACGGGCCGUCCGGGUGGAACCCCAACUCGCCGGGGAGGAUGCCGUCCAUCUUCACCACCGCCGUGCUGGCCCGCUCCGGCGCAACGGCGGCCAAGGGCCCCACGGACGUGCUGGUGCACGACUUCCAGUUCGAGGUGGAGCAGGUGCUCAGCAAGGAGUUCCUCUGCGACGAGAACCGCGUCGCCGGCAGCGGCACCCCGUCGCUCGGCCACUUCGUCAUCCCCGGGGGCGGCGGCCGGAGCGACGCCUUCUGCUCCGAGUCCGCCCAGGGGGAGAGCUCGUCGGAAUCGGGAGACAACAACCGCCGCAAGUGAAUUAGCCAAUCUUGCCACGGAAUCGUUAGCCUCCUCUCCUCUCCUCAGCUGUUACUUAAUUUUUCAAUUUUUUUCUUGCAUAUAUGUGUUUGUUGUUUUGUGGGGCGAUAAUUGUAACAAAAAAACCCAGAUAAUACGAUUGCCUCCAUCACAAAAAAAAGAGACAAGUGACAAUGAAAAGAAAAUAGGAGCUUUACACAUCACGGUUCC